AUGUACCAUGGUUUAACUCCAAAGGCAACGCGCAGAUUAGCAUAUGAGUUUGCGGAAAAAAAUCACGUUAAAAUUCCUGACUCUUGGAAAGCAAAUAAAUUAGCUGGAAAGGAUUGGUUCACGGGUUUUUUAAAUCGACAACCCCAUUUGUCCAUAAGAACUCCGGAAAACACAAGUUUAGCGAGAAUUUCCAGUUUUAACAAAUCUACGGUUGGGGCAUUUCAAGCUAAGUUAGAGGAGGUCCUGAAGAGGCACGAAUUUACUAGAUCAGACAUAUUUAAUUUGGACGAGACGGGUGUGACCACAGUUCAAAAAACGCAAAAAGUGGUUGCGACGAAAGGCCAGCAUCAAGUGGGUAAGGUCACUUCACGUGAAAGAGGACAGCUGGUGACGCAAGUAGGCAUCAUUGGAGCGAAUGGAAUAGCACUUCCUCCAGUGUGGGUGUUUCCAAGGAAAAAGUUUGACAAACAUCGAAUGUUAAGUGGUAUUCCUGACGAGUAUGGCGCAACCGGCUUAGUUCAUUCAUCUGGAUGGACGACCUCGGAUAAUUUUUUACGUGUUUUAGAACACUUCGUAGCUCAUGUUCGAUGUUCUAAAGAACGUCAAGUCAUCCUCAUAAUGGAUAAUCACGAAUCCCAUUUAUCUGUUCCUGCAAUUGAUUACUGCAAAGAAAAUGGUAUUACGAUCCUAACUCUGCCACCCCACACAUCUAACAAAUUGCAACCUUUAGAUCGGACUAUUUUCGGCCCAUUUAAAAGAUAUUUUAACCAAGGAGCAGAUGACUGGAUGCUCUCUCAUCCAGGACAGACUUUGUCGAUAUAUAACCUGGCAGCAAUAUGCAUGAUAGCUUGGGAUCGAUCUGCAACUCCCUCAAACAUAAAAUCUGGAUUCCGUUGCACUGGAAUUUGGCCAUUUGAUAAAAAUAUUUUCAGCGAAGAAGAUUUCCUUUGCUCGUUUGUUACAGACAGAGUAGCACCUCCAACAGAAAAUAAGGUUUUAGAAAAAAAUGUAGAUGCAUCAUUACCAUCCACCUCUUCUGCACAGCCAUUACCGGAGCCCCAAACUCGAGCUGAAAUCGAUCAUCACAAACAAAAUUUUGUAUCGCCAUCCAAAAUAAGACCAUAUCCAAAAGCUUCAGAACGAAAAGCAUCUAGAAAAGGUCCUCCUAAAAGAAAAUCCAUAGUGGCGACCGAUACUCCAGAACGCGAUGAAAUUGCACAGAAGAAAUUAAAGAAAAAUAGAUCAGAAAUUGAUCUGAAGAAUAUAAAGAAAGCAAAGAAAAAAGUUAUGAGCGACUCUUCUUCCGAUGAGGAAGAAGUCAUUUACAAAGAUUCGUCCUCAGACCUGGAUUUGGAACAGGAUGAUGAUGAGGAUGAGGACCUUACAAAACUUGAAGUCCAGAGUUUCAUAGUUAGUAAAGUAUUUGGAAAAAAAUCAGUUAGACAUUAUGCCGCUAAAAUAGAAGAAGUUGUCCUGGAUGGCUACAACGUAAAACUUUUGAAAAAGCAAGUUGCUUCCAACCGUUUUAGAUUUAGUGAGGAGCCUCCAGCAUUUGUGUCAUACGAAGAAGUGAUAUUGAAACUACCGAAUCCUUUGACAGACCGAUCUGCUCGAUAUGCAGAUAUGAUUUAUUUCAAUAUCGAUCUUACCGAGUACAGUUUAUGCUGA